UUGCGGCAGCGAGCACCACCGCCUGCACUGUGAACGUGUAGUUGUGAAUGUCCACAGUUGUCCGGAGAAAACACUGCGUAUAAUGCUCAUACGUGAAGAGGAAACAGGACUGCGCCGCAGGGCUUGAAGAGCAGAAGCACGCGGUCUCAGGAGAAUGCUCCCCGUCUGACUAAAAGUUUGUUUGUAUUCAGUGAUCCUGCAGCACCAUGGAAGCCACCAACAUCCUCACAGUACUGAAAAAGAAACUGGCCUUCUUGUCAGGGGGAAAGGACCGUCGCAGUGGUCUCAUCCUGACCAUUCCUCUAAGCUGUGAUCAGACCAGUUUGGAGGAGCUCAGCACAACCCUGGAUUACCUGCUCAGCAUCCCCAGUGACAAGUGUAAAGCUCGAGGGUUUACCGUAAUCGUGGAUGGACGGAAGUCUCAGUGGAACAUCGUGAAGACUGUGGUGCUCAUGUUGCAGAAUGUGAUCCCAGCUGAAGUGUCGUUGGUGUGCGUGGUGAAACCCGAUGAAUUCUGGGAUAAAAAGGUCACACACUUCUGCUUUUGGAAGGAGAAGGAUCGUCUGGGAUUUGAGGUCAUCCUGGUUUCAGCCAAUAAGCUUACUCGAUACAUUGAACCUUGUCAACUGACAGACGAUUUCGGAGGAAGCUUGGACUAUGACCACACCGACUGGCUCAACAAGAGACUAGUGUUUGAGAAGUUCACUAAAGAGUCUACAUCGCUGCUGGAUGAGUUAUCGCUCAUCAAUGAUGAUAAGAGCAGCUCAUUGGACAAGCACAAGUCAGUGGAUUGUGCCCUGCUGCUGAGUUUUGACCCUGAGACUGUCCUGCAGACUGGCCAUGAGCUGUUGUCAGAACUUCAGCAGCGUCGCUUCAAUGGUUCGGAUGGAGGGAUAGGUGGAGCGGGACAGGGAGGUCCAUCAUGGAGUCCCAUGGAAGAAGAAUUGCUGGCUCAACCUCUGGUGAUGAAGCUGCUGGACUCAUUGAGGGAGCAGUACACACGGUACCAGGAGGUCUGCAGACAGCGCAACAAGCGCACACAGCUGGAUGAGAUCCACACCAAAGUCAUGCAGGUGGUCAACUGGCUGCGGGGUCCAGGCUCUGAGCUGCUGAAGAGCCACCAGGCAAUUGGGGACUCAGUGAGAGCAGCGCAGGCUUUGCAGCAGAAGCACGAGGAAAUCGAAAGCCAGCACAGUGAGUGGUUUGCGGUAUAUGUGGAGCUAAACCAACAGAUUGCUGCCUUGCUUAGUGUUGGGGAGGAGGAAGAGGAAGAGGUUGUGGAGCUGAAGACAAUGCAGCAGCAGCUGAGCGAUGUCUGCUACCAACAAGCCGCUCAGUUGGAGAGUCGGCAGAAUGUCCUACAGGCUGCGCAGGUUUUCCACAGCAGCACACAGGAGCUCUCACAGCAACUGGAUGGUUUAUUGGGCAUGCUCUGUGCUGAUGUGGCUCCAGCUGACGGAGCCUCCAUCCAACAGAACCUAAAGUUACUGGAAGAAAAACUUCAGAAUGCCGAGGCUGGUCUUUCAUCUCUGCGUCAGAAGGGGGCGCUUCUAAUGGAGCAGAUGUGCAGUCAGCAGUCCUGGUCUCUAGAGGAGAGCGAGAGCCCUGGUGGGGAGCAGCAGAACAACAACCAGCAUAUCCAGGCGGUGAUGGACGAGAUGCAGCUACGCAAGCAAAGAUGUGAGGACAUGGUGGACGUCAGGAGGCUGAAGAUGCUGCAGAUGGUCCAACUGUUUAAGUGUGAAGAGGACGCUUUACAGUCAGUGGAGUGGCUCAGUGAGCUUCUGGAGGCUUUGCUCAAGACUCAUGUGAGACUAGGAGAAGACUCUCAGGAAACCAGAGGCAUGUUGGACAAACACAGGAAGUUUGUGGAUGUUGCUCAGAGUACUUACGACUAUGGCCGGCAGUUGCUGCAGGCCACCGUGGUCCUCUGUCAGUCGCUGCGAUGCACCACCCGCUCAUCUGGUGACACGCUGCCCCGAUUGAACCGUGUGUGGAAGCAGUUCAGUGUCAGUGCAGAGGAGCGACAUCGGAGGCUGGAACUAGCCCUCAACUUCCACACAGCCGCAGAGACGGUUCUGCAGAAGGAAAGAGUGGAGAUUGAAGCUCUGGAUGAUGUGGACUCUUCAGGGAAUGUUCUGCUGGACAGACUGAGGAUGCCAGUCAUCUUCCCAGACGGGAGCGAGCAGUACUUUGGAAGUCCAAGUGAUGCAGUGGCAGCCGCUGAGGGCUUCAGAGAACGCCUCCUACUGGUAGAGGAGCGGCGGCUACAGCUGCAGGAGGUGGGCCUUCACAGCAAAGACGUGGAUGAAGGCUUCCAAGUGCAGGAGGGACGCCUGGAUGUGAUUGGAGAGGAGCUGAAUGAAAGGGAGGAGGAGGGGGAGGAGCAACAGUGUGACGUGGAAGACUGACGGGCACAACCACAACUGUGGCUCAUAGCAAACCCUCGAGCCUUCACAAGUCAUCAUCACAGGGCUGGUGUGUGUGAACUUCAAACAAUGGACCUGUGUCGUAACCAAGACCCGUUUGUACCCUGACGUCAAGCCUCUCAGCAUAAAUGGCUCCUGGAUGACCAGUGACUUCUGAAAAGAGGAGUUUAACUCAAUUCUCAGCAUGCUUUUUUUAAUCAGUGUGCGUGGCUUCCGAGUGUCCCUCUUCCGUCUUCAUGUCUCCAGGGUUAUCAGCUACUCUACUAUAACAGAUUUUAUAUGCGAAGCAUUUUCCCCUCAUGACAUUAAGGGCUGCUGCACCUCUGAGGUCCUGCCUCCAUUUUGCUAUCAACUUCACACAGACAUUUGAACGUAUGCAGCGCUGUCGGGAAACAUCUAGUGUGCUGUGUGCACAUGGGGAGUCAUGUUUCAAACUUUCAGAUUUUUUUUCCCUCUACGUCUGCUGCUUCCUGUUCUCUGCAGCAGAUAUGUCGGCUUAUUAAAAAGAUUUGAGAAAUUAUGCUGUGACGUUUCCUUCCACAACCAUCCUUGAUGCAAAACACAGACAUUACAUAAGGAUUGAACUGAUAGGAUUUUUCUCUGACGUUAUGGAAUAAAUAUUCACUAUAUGCAUAUAUACAUACAGCAUCUACUUUUGGUGUUGCCAGUUACCUUGAAGUUACU